AUGACAACAGAAGCGCAUGGAAAACACUCUACAUUUAGCUUCUAGACGCCGACACUUACUGUACGCAUUAACGCUAGGUGCAGAUACAUAAAACAUGUCGCACGGUGAUCCACUAAAAUGGGGCAUGCCAGGGUGGCGAAUCGAGCAGAAAUAUGCCGAUGGAGUUUUGAUCGGAAACUGGGCAGAACAGAGAUACACGUUUGACAAAGGCAACUACAAACACAACAGCACCCAUCGCAUGGACUUCAAGAAUUAUGAAGGGGCAGGAAAGCCAGAUGUCAUCAUUCGCAGGCAGGCCAUGCUCAAAAACGAAGGUCUGGGCAAAGAGAUGCUGUUUACACAUCAUGGAAAUAAAUAUUCCAACAACAUGAUCUCCUGGUAUGAUGAGCAUUACAACAAGAGGGAGAGACCAGAGUGGAACAAGCUGCCAGAGCUGAGGGACUGGGAUGGACAUAAACUUGCUUGGGCCCCAGAGAAAACUGACUACCCAUUACAAGGUGAUGCUACAAAUUUUGGGCUCUACCAAACACUGCAGAACAAAUGGAGGGAGCAACAAGCCAAUGCCACAAAGGGAGAUUAUUACACAAACUAUCAACUCUCACACACCCAAAUGCCAAAAGAGUCCUACGUUCGCGUGCGCUACGGUAACCCAAGGGACCUGUCCACGUCCCUACACAAGAACAAUAAAGUAAACAAAGACCUACACCUACGGAGUUCUCACUAUGUGCAGCAGCCGGAGGGUUUGGCCGCAGUUUCUAUGUAAUUUUGGAGGGAUGGAGAGUAGCAGAUCUGAAACUGCACAUGACAUGAAAAAAUAGUAUAUAUAUUACAUAAUUUCUGGGUGUUGAAAAAUACCAGCAUUUUUUGAAGAGGUACCAUUUCAAAGAGACUUGCAUUGAAAAUCGUGCUUUGGACAAGCGAUCAUCAUUAAGCUUGAAUUAUAUUAUAUAUCAUAGAGAAGAAUCAUGGAUGGUUUAGAUUAAAGAAGAACAGCAUUCAUUCUUCCAUAUCAGGAUCAUGGAAUAAUCAGAUUCUGGUGAACAGGUACAGAGAUCCGUACAU